CGAUUGCCAGAAUUAUUAGUCGAUUUCCAGUCCAAGUAUCGUUGAAUGUGUUGAAGAGUCGUCUGCGAUACAAUAAAUAUGGCGUACCGCGGUGUGAAAGGUUCUGAUCCGUUCGUUUCGAAAACAUCGCGAAAUGAACGUUUUGCACAAAUGUCAAAGCAAGAGCAAAUUAUUCAGCAAAAAAAGCUUGAAAUACAAGCAAAGAUGCAAGAGCAAAAAGCAAAAGAAGCCGUGGAAAACUUGAAAAAGACAAAUACGAUAGCUCCGAAUUUGAUAGAAAAUAAAACGAAUUCUUCCAAAAAGGACGAAAACAAGCCAGUGAUAUCUCAAACCAUUAAUUUAUUUGCUAAUGACGGAAGUUUUUUGGAUCAAUUUAAAAAAAUUGCAAGUAAUAAGGGAACAGGAAAACAGGAGACAAUGUUUCCUUUGAAGAUAGAAGAAAAAAUGGAAGAAAGUGUACAGGAUAAGGAACGAAGAAGAAAUAAUGACAGAAAUAAAGACUGGGAAAACAGGAAAGACCGCAGGAGAGAGGAUUCUCAUUGGGAAAAGAGUUCUGACAAAAGACAUAACUCUUCUUCAAGUCCAUCUCCUACUAAACGUUCAGCAUCUGAAAAUCCAGAAGCUAGACAUUCGUUUAAUCAAGUAACUUCUAACGAUCAACGUAUGCAGCACAGCAAUCAACAGUUUCUUUCUCGGAAUGGAAAUCUAUCUGCUGUUCCGCCCCUUGCAUCUCAACCUAUAACGUAUCUCACAGGUGUACCAUCGCCUAAUGUGAGAAGUAUCGUAACCAAUGUACCUCCUCCAAAUUUAUCAAAAAUGCCUCCUCCGAAAAGUAUGUGUAGCACUUUUCCUAGACUGGAUGACCAAUCUGGAGAUCCAAGAAUGCAAAUAACAUCACCUCAUACAGUCCGUCCACCUCCACCUCCACCUCCUAUACCUGUGCAACCUGUUCCACCAAACACCAACGUACCCCCACCAAAUAUUCAUAUUUCUCGGACAAUGUCAUCUAAUUUACAAAGUUUACCACCACCACCACCACCACCACCACCACCACCACCACCUUCAACCGUUCCAUUAGCAUCUUUAUUAUCUACAUCGUCAUUAACAUUGCCAACGUCAUCAACGUCGCCAACAUCGUCAUUGCUGUUAUCAUCACCACCACCACCGCCACCACCACAAUCGUCGCCAUUACUCUCAUUAUCAUCUUCCUGCUCUACUUCUUCUGCUAUCUCCUGUUGCCCCAAUUCUUCCUCUUCCUCCUCUUCCUCCUCCUCCCCCUCCUUCUCCUCCUCCUCUUCUUCUUCUUCAUUUACAUUGACAUCAACAACACUACAAUUACCUUCAUUGCUAAAAUCAUCAUCGCCGUCGCCAUCAUUAUCGUCAUCAUCGUCCUCAGCAUCAUCGUCAUUGACGCCAUCGUUGUUACCGUCCUCUUCGUCAUCAUCGUCAUCAUUAUCCUCAUCGACAUUAUUAUUAUCGUCAUCAUCGUCUUCGUCGACGUCAUUGUUGUUGUCGUCGUCGUCGUCGUCGUCGUCGUCGCCGUCGCCAUCGUCGUCAUUGUUGCCGCCGCCGCCGCCGCUGCCGCCGUCGUCGUCGUCGUCGUCGUCAUUAUUGCCGCCGCCGUCGUCGUCGUCGUCGUCGUCGUCGUCGUCCUCAUCGACGUCGUCCUCGUCAUCAUCGUCGUCGUCGUCGUCGUCGUUACCGUCAUCAUCGCCAUCAACUUCUUUGUCAUUAUCUUCGUUAUCGUCCACAUUAUUGGUGUCAUCAGAAUCGAGCACGCGACGACACUUAGCUCCAACCGGACAGCAAUGCGGUGUACCACCUCCUACACCAUUACAACCUAUGAACUUACCACCUCCAAACAUUCCUCCUCCUAAUAUGUUACCAACAAUAACACAAAUGCCACCAAACAUAAUGUCGAUUCCGGCUACGCAGACAAUCGUUGUCAGCGUACCGAAUGCGUCAAACGUGCCAAAUGUCCCAAACGUCCCGCCACCAAAUGUAAUACCAUCUGUGAUGAUGUCCGCUCCACCACCAGUUCACAAUGUUGCCUCGAAUAUGAAUUCAAUUCCAGCGCCCAAUCUUAAUAUUCCUCCUCCGAAUGUACCACCCCCUUCCUUAAUUCCAAACGCCAGGCCGCCGCUUUCUUUAAUGUCGACCAGUUACCCUCUUCCUAAUCAAGUCGCUCAGGUACCUAUGGGACCACCUAAUGUACAAGUGCCACCACCAGUGAGGCCAUUGACUGAUCUACAAGCCUCUGAACAGCUAGUGUGUCCCGUAGAGGCUGAGCAGCUGGCACGCAUCGUCGCUGACUGUGGGGAUGAAAUCGAACAAGAAGCACGAGAGAAGAAUGCCCAAGAUCCUAAAUUAUGGUUUCUGCACCAAAAGCAAAGUGCAGCCUAUAUGCAGUACAGGGGAUUGGUGGCAAAAUUUCGCGCCGAAAAAUCCGUUAAGGAAAAUAAAAACACCGGCGCGGAACUCUAUUGUCCGGAAGAAGCUCUCAGCGAUAAUGACGAUAGCGAUCAAGGUCCUACCUCUAACAAGCAUAUUUCACCACAAGAAAAGAAACGAGAGAGAGAGAGCGAUAACAAUUCUACAGAUCGAUCAAAGGAAGACAACAAGGAAGAACGUAAACGAAAAAGACGUAGCCGAUGGGGUGAUCCAGAUAAUAAGGUGCCUGUAGCAGAAAUGAACACGUUAACCAGUCAUAAUAAACAGCAUAGUAGUAGUGGCUUUUCACAGCCAGGUAUCGCGAUUCCUGGACAAAUUGGACAACCGGCUGUUAUAAUUCCAUCACCAAAAGUGCAACGUACGGAAACAAAGAACCCUAUGUUAACUAAAAUAUCAAGAAACGAUCCAGCCUUGAUACAAUAUGCUCGGCAAACUUUUGGUACGUUAGAUCUCUCUGAAGAGCAAUGGAAAAAAGCCGAAGAUCAUUACAAGAUAAAUCUUCUCUACCAAAACUUAUUAAGAAAAAGAGAAGAAGUAAGACGUUUAGAAGCACAGGGUAAGCACAAAUACGAAUACGAUAGUGACGAAGAGACGGAAGGUGGUACUUGGGAACACAAACUCAGAUCUGCCGAAAUGGAGGCUACUCAAAUGUGGGCUGAAGAAUUGACGGCCCAAGCAGAAGGAAAACAUCAUAUUGGUGAUUUCUUGCCGCCGGAUGAACUUAAGAAAUUUAUGGAACAAUAUAACGCGGUUAAGCAAGGGAAGGAACCUGAUCUUAGCGAUUACAAGGAGUACAAACUAAAAGAAGAUAACAUCGGAUUUCAGAUGCUACAAAAACUUGGUUGGAGCGAAGGACAAGGAUUAGGUAGCGAAGGCAAUGGUCGCAUCGAACCUAUUAAUAAAGCCACCAAUAGAUUCGACAGUGCUGGUUUAGGUUCCGAAAGACCGGAUGGUGUAUCCAGGGACGACGAUGAAUUCGAUGCCUACAGAAAGAGGAUGAUGCUUGCCUAUAGAUUUAGGCCUAAUCCUUUGAACAAUCCUCGAAGACCUUAUUAUUGAGAAGAAGGUAACAUUAGUAGAUCGUAUUCGAGGCAUUAUAUAUCGUGAUGUUCCAUUUAGUUGGAAGAUAAAUUGUCAUUAUUUUGUAUAUUUGAAAUACUAUACUGACCAUAUAGAUUACAGUUACAGUUACAGUGACAUAAUAAAUGAAAUCCUAAUCUUGUUUCUA